AUGCCGACAACGUCAACUUCGUCGUCGUCGACCCGAUGGUGGACGAAGCUUUCCUACCCCCUAUCCAUUGCGACCAACCCUAUUCGCGACAAUGGCAACAUCGAUGUCGACGAUAGCGUGGGUAAUAGCUUCUUAACCUUCUUAAACUCCGACAAUGGAUAUUUAGAAGUUCUUUCAUCCAAAAAUGACAAUCCAAAUGAUAAGACCUUACGAGAAGGAACAGACAUUAUUGUGCCUAGUGUUGGAAUGAAGUUUAAGGAUGAGAUAGAGAUGUUUGAGUUUUACAAAAACUAUGCUUACCAAGUCGGGUUUCUUGUGAGGAAAAGAAAUUCAAAGAAGGGUGAUGACGGGAUUGUACGUUAUAUAACUUUUACUUGCAGUCGGGAAGGCCUUCGAAACAGUGGAACAAAUGCAGUUUUGAAGCCGCAACCAACUAUCCAAAUUGGUAGCAAAGCGAGAUUGACUACAUGUUCUGAACUUGAUGGAAUUUGGUGCAUAACACGGUUUAUGUGGAGCACAAUCAUAGAACAAGCCCAUCAAAAUCACGGCUAUAUCGAUGUAAUCGCCAAAUCAGUUCACGAGUUAAAAGACACCUUGAAAUAA